GGCCGGCGGCCAAGCUGGACGCCCCGACCUAAGUGAGGGCCUGGUCAGCACCGGCCCCACGAGGCGAAGCCCGGCGACCCCGUGCGGCCAUGGCCUCGCUGCUGGGAGCCUACCCGUGGCCCGAAGGGCUGGAGUGUGCGGGCCUGGAGGCGGAGCUGUCCGAUGGGCUGUCGUCGCCGGCCGCCCCCCGGCCCUCCGGGGACAAGGGUACCGAGAGUCGCAUCCGGCGGCCCAUGAAUGCCUUCAUGGUGUGGGCCAAGGACGAGAGGAAGCGGCUGGCGGUGCAGAACCCAGACCUGCACAACGCGGAACUCAGCAAGAUGCUGGGAAAGUCGUGGAAGGCGCUGUCACUGUCGCAGAAGAGGCCCUAUGUGGACGAGGCAGAGCGGCUGCGGCUGCAACACAUGCAGGACUACCCCAACUACAAGUACAGGCCCCGCAGGAAGAAGCAGGCCAAGCGCCUGUGCAAGCGCGUGGACCCUGGCUUCCUGCUGAGCUCCCUCUCCCGGGACCAGAACUCUUUGCCAGAGAAGGGCAGCAGUGGCUGCGGGGCACAGGGCGAGAAGGAGGGCAGGGGUGAGUACUCCACAGGCACCGCUCUGCCCAGCCUCCACAGCUGCUUCCAUGAGGGCCCGGCCGGCAGCUCCUCCGGCAGUGUGGACACAUAUCCCUAUGGGCUGCCCACGCCCCCCGAGAUGUCUCCCCUGGAUGCAUUGGAGCCGGAGCAGACCUUCUUCUCUUCCCCCUGCCCGGAGGAGCACGCCCACCCCCGACACCUGCAGCACCUGCCCAGGUCCCCCUACUCCCCCGAGCUGGCCCCCAGCCCCAUCCACUGCAGCCACCCCCUGGGCUCUCUGGCCCUUGGCCAGACCCCAGGGGUGUCAGUGAUGUCCACAGUCCCUGGCUGUCCCCCAUCUCCUGCCUAUUACUCCCCAGCCACUUACCACCCACUGCACUCCACCCUCCACACCCACCUGGGCCAGCUCUCCCCGCCUCCAGAGCACCCCGGCUUUGACGCCUUGGAUCAGCUGAGCCAGGUGGAACUUCUGGGGGACAUGGAUCGCAAUGAAUUUGACCAAUAUUUGAACACUCCUGGCCACCCAGACUCUGCCGCUGGGGCUGGGGCCCUGAGCGGGCACACUCCACUCUCCCAGGUGACCCCCUCGGGCCCCACAGAGACCAGCCUCAUCUCCGUCCUGGCAGAUGCCACGGCUGCAUAUUACAACAGCUACAGUGCAUCCUAGAGCCUGAGGCACACGCCCGGCGGCCCGGCCCAGCCCUUGCUGCCCUGUCCAUCCCGUGGACAGCGUGAGCAGACUGCACAGUGCUAUCAGCCUUCCUCCUCCCCUGUUCAGGGAGGCCCCAAAGCCGGCCCCAGAGCUUCAUCCUACAGCUGGACCGGGUUUGUGGAGCCGGACUUCCUUCAAGUAAACUGCUUGGGCUGCAGCCAGGGACCAGGCACCUCAGCUCCUUGGGUUGCUCUGUACCUCCUGGAAUGAGUUGCUCUGCACGCCUGGCCCAUCGCUGGGUGGGAGCCACACCUGCUCGCUGGGGGACGAAGAGCCAAGGUCAGAAUCCUAGCACUGCCACAGACACUCUAACCCCGAGCACCCUCCCCUUAUUCUGGAGCCGGGGUGGGCUGGACGGCCAAGGCCUGCACUGUCCUCCAGUUUCUGAGUCCAGUUUCUGCGGGACAUCGGGCAGUCCUCACGACACACAGCCCAGCCCUGUGCACACAGCUGUGGACCUGGGCUUUCUGCUCCUGCUGCCUCCCUUCCCCAGGGACCCUCGGGUUGCAGGACUCUUCCAGAUGGAGAUUCAGAAAGUCAGACAGCAUCACUGGGAAUGACACUGAAUUCAAGCUGUUUUGUUUAAGAUGUAUUUUUAGAUGAAUUCUUUUUUUCACGCACACAUGGAGAGAGUCGGAGAGAGAUGCCCCUAACCUCCCCUUUAUGCACACCCCAUGGAGUGUAAAGCAGUCUCUCACCGCUUGCUGCUCCGAAAGCUCAAAGAGCCAGGCUCCUACCCAGACAGAGCAGGGGCUCUUUCUGCACAGCCAGAUGUGUUGGUGGUGUCUUAAGCAGAAUUUCACCCUUUUGUCUGCUUCCUCUGUGCUUCCCGCCAUCUCAGCUCCCUCUCUCCCCUUCCUGGAAUUUCUUUCUCUCUUCUGCUUGCUCUUCCUUUGCCUGAGCUAGUCCCCUAUGCAAAGAAGCCAUCUCGACAUCCCAGCACUCUGUCCUGUCCGGGAGCAGACUUCCUUUCCCUGCCAGCCAGCCAGUCCCCAGCACUGUCCUCAGCCUGCACGGAGAGCGGCAUCCCCACGGCACCUGGGUGAGACUGGCUUCCCAAGCAGAAACACACUGUGACUCUGACGCCGCCGGUCUUGAGCCCCAGACAUUUCCGUUCCCCGUCUUCCCCCAAACUUCCUUCCAAGGAGCAAGCCUAACGUGUCCCUCACUUGUCUUAACAUCAGCAUAUUAUUGCCCAAAUGAAGUGUGUUUUAUAUAUCCUCCUAUUAUGUUCACCUUGUAUUUUGUAUUGUUGACAGGUUCUUUUUUCCUUCCAAGAAGUCUCACUGUAAAAUCACUGAUAUGAUUAAUCCUUAUGUUAUUACUGUAUAUGCCAUUGGUAAUAAAUAGUGAACCGUUCUGGUGCAAAACCCAGAGGUGUAUUAAUAAUCUUGUAAAAUAGUAUCACAGACAUUAAGCUAAACUUUUCCAUUUUUUUGUAAGGAUUAUACUUGCUUGGAAUGGUUAUAUAUUAAUUUGUCAAAAAAUAUUUAAUUUAAAUAAACUGUUUUGUACCAUGA